UGUGAAAAUAUAUAUAGAAUCGAAUUCACCAAAAUAAAGUUUUGGUGAUUACCUCCAUUCAAACUUUGACGAUUAUGCGGUUCAAAUCAGGAACUCCAACUCCAACAGUUCGGCGCGAAAAAAAUCUUUCAAAUUUGUACUACGGUAUAGUUUAGUAUCACAUGCACUUCUAGUUGGCCUGGUUCAAAAAUUUUUGUAUAUGUUAUUUAUCAUCCCCACCUGAUUACGUCACUACGACGCCACAGUUGCGUAAUGAAUACCUCCAAAGUGUAAGGAUGGUCGCCCAAAACGCGCAGACGAUCACCCGGAAUCGAGCAAGCUAUUUCUCGUCGCAACGAUCCCGAUAUGCGAGAGACCGCUGGCUAGUGAGUUCGGGAUUGUCUGCGCAGGUGCCAUUUCGGACGAUGGUAUCUAUACUUGGCAAGCUCUAUGAUGGAUUGUGACGUAAUUUUUGUAUAACAUAGUCAGGUGGGGGUUAGGAAUAAAAUAUACUAAAUUCGGUACCGUACCGGUAUGCUACGCCCAUCGGAAGUACGGUACCGCAAUUCCAGUUAAUCAGUGCAAAAUAUCGUUCAUCGAAUGCUGAAAUGUUUUAGCGAUCUACAGAUUUAGAAAUCUGAGGCCAGUAUGCAAGCCUUUUUGUGGCGAAUGACACACCGACACUAAACACAUGAACCAGUACCGGUACUGUAGUAUCUAAAUGGAGUAAAUAAUUUUAACUGCUGCAUUGUAAGUUUGUUUAUAGUAAUCACUUUGUUACAGUAUCCAAAACUCACAAGUAAAUUUCAUUUUCCAAUAUCUUAAUAUCCAUGUACAGAUGCAAAUGGGCAUAUCGAGUAACAUACAAAAAUAUAGCCUAAUCAUUAACCGUGUGUCAUGGGUAAGGAAGAUAAAGUUGAGACUGAUGUCUAUGAGUAUAUGAAAAUACAAAAUAGACCAUACAGUGCUGCAGAUGUUUUUUCUAAUUUACAUAAAGUUCAUGGAAAAACAGCUGUAGUAAAAGCAAUGGAGACACUUGCAGUUGAUAAAAAAUUAAUUGAAAAAGCUUACGGUAAAUCAAAAAUAUAUGUUAUUAAUCAAAACGAAUUUCCAGAAGUUUCUGAUUUAGAAAUUACAAAACUAGAAGAGGAUAUCAAAUUAUGGACUGAAAAAUGUGAGACAUCACAAUCUGAACUGAAACUUAUAAAAGCAUCUCUGCGGACACAUCUUAGCAGUCUAACAACAGAAGAUGCAAAGUCAAAAGUAAAUCAAUUGCAAAAAGAAGUAAAGCAACUCAAAGAACGUUUAACUAAAGCGAAACAAUCCACAGAAGAUAUAAGCGAAGAAGAUAAAAAAAAUAUUUAUAAAAAUCAUAAACAAUUUGUUUCACAUUGGAAAAAGCGAAAGAGAAUGACAACCGAUCUAAUGGAAGCUGUGUUGGAAGGAUAUCCAAAGUCUAAAAAAGUUUUUAUUGAAGAAGUUGGAAUCGAGACCGAUGAGGAAUGCAAUGCUAAGAUACCUGAAGUUUGAAACUUGUUUUCGUGGAUAAUGGGCAUCACUAUAUUAUGAUUUGAACAAAUAAGCAUUGUGUAUUCUGGAUUUUCCACAAAUAUUCCUGCUUUUAAUGAUCCCAUUUGAAUUGUGUGAUUAAUGUGUCUGUAUGUUUUUUGGUUCAAGUCCACUUAAAUACUACUUGACUUCUCCAAUAAUAAGGAUCAUUGGAACUCACCUGAUCAAUCUCAUAACAGCGAAAAAUCAAAUUACAUUAGCAAUUCAGUGCAGUGGGCCUCGGUAUUUUGAAAUUACUUUUUCAUACCACCACAGUAUAUAUAGUAUAUUUUCAAAUAUUGCAGUACAAAGAGCUCUCCUAUUCUUUUUUAAGCAGGCUACAGUUCUAGAUUUUAAUCUUGAAGCAAGGAUGAGACAGUUUCAAAAUCGUGUGAUGGCCCCUAAUUCGAUUACCAAGUCUUAGAAAUUUGUGUAAUUGAAAUUAUGUUCAUGUGGAAAUUUUGAUUGAAUCUAUGAGAAUAUAUCUGAACUGUGUGAAAAAUGAUAUCUCCUGCUUAGAGAAUAUUUGAUCUCAUAGACAAUUUCCUAACACUUUGUAUGUUAUUACACCAAGGUUACAGGUUAAUCAAAUAAGCAAGCAAUGGGAGAUUUUUUGUUUAUUUUCAUUUGUUAUAAAUUGAUUCAAUUGAUUGAAACGAAUUAAGUCCUGAGUAAUAUAUUCAUAGACCAUCUUCAUUUGGACUUUAUUGCACAAGAAUUUU